ACUUGGACAGGCUCUGUUCCAGCCUGAGCUGACACUUACCCAGUCUGCCAGAGAGAGCCAGAGUUCAGUGCUGCGGGGGCGAGGGCGAUGGCUGAAGCCCCCACCGUUGCUGCUCCCUUCGCCUUCAACAUCUUGUUGGCCACUGAUUCCUACAAGGUUACUCAUUUCAAACAGUAUCCACCAGACACCUGUAAAAUCUACUCUUAUUUUGAAUGCCGUAAAGGAAAAGAUGAUGAGUUCAAAGAAGUUGUGUUCUUUGGAUUACAGUAUAUCCUGAAGAAAUAUUUAUCAGGUUCAGUUGUGACAGAGGAAAAAAUUCAACAAGCCAAACAAAUCUAUGAGCUUCAUUUCAAGCAGUCUGUUUUUCACGAGGAAGGAUGGCGAUACAUUAUAACGAAACACAAUGGAUAUUUACCUGUUCGUAUUAAAGCCAUUCCCGAAGGAAGCAUCAUUCCUCGUGGGAAUGUCCUUUUUACAGUAGAGAAUACGGAUCCCAAAUGCUUUUGGUUGACAAACUACAUUGAGACCAUGCUGGUUCAGGUCUGGUAUCCUAUCACUGUUGCUACCAUAUCCAGGGAAUUCAAGAAGAUUCUAGCUCUAUUCUUACACAAAACAUCAGGAAGUCUGGAUGGUCUGGAGUUCAAAUUUCAUGACUUUGGUUACAGGGGAGUCUCUUCACAAGAGUCUGCAGCUCUCGGGGGUGCGGCCCAUCUGGUAAAUUUCCAAAGCACGAACACAGUGGCAGGGCUCUUGAUGGCUCAACAGUUUUACAGCUGCCAAAUGGCUGGAUUUUCAAUCCCAGCAGCAGAACACAGUACUAUCAUCUCUUGGGGAAGGAGUCGAGAAAAGGAUGCAUUUGAAUAUAUGCUCAGACAAUUUCCAUCCUCUCCUAUUUCAAUAGUCUGUGACAGUUAUGACAUUUUCAACGCCUGUAGGCAAAUCUGGGGAGAUGAUCUCAGAGAUUGUGUUGAGCAAAGGAACGAGGAUUCAAUGGUGAUUAUACGACCUGAUUCAGGGGAUCCUGUAGAGACCAUUAUGAAGGUCAUAAGAAUUCUAGAAGAAGUCUUUGGAAGUACCUUGAACCUUCAGGGCUAUAAGCUACUACCAUCUUUCAUCCGAGUCUUUCAAGGAGAUGCAAUAAAUCUUCUUUCCAUGGAAAAAAUCCUAACAGCUCUUAAAAAUGAACACUGGAGUACAGAAAAUAUUAUUUUUGGAUGUGGUGGUGCUCUUCUGCAAAAGCUCAACAGAGAUACACUGAAUUGCUCUUUCAAAUGUAGUUAUGUUGAACUAAGUGGAAAAGGGCUGGAUGUCUAUAAACAGCCAGUAACCGAUCCUAUCAAAGGUUCAAAGAGGGGCCAGCUAACUCUGAGGAGAAAUCCAGAAGGAAUCAUUGAAACAAUACAAGAAGGGAAGGGGAAUCCGGAGGAGGAUCUCCUGGUUACUGUUUUUGAGAAUGGAAAUAUUCUCCAAGAAUACACGCUUGCAGAGGUCCGAUCAAACGCGAAGCUGCAGGAUGCUGACUUGCUAAGCAUCAAGCCAAAUGCAGAGUCGUUACAUGAAGUUUGUUAAAAUAAUGUUCAUAGCAUUAGAGCAAAAAUAUAGCUGUGCAGUGAUCUGGAUGCAUUGGUUAAAGUACUGUUGGCUGCUGGAAAAACACGAAGGUUGAAAUCAUCAGGCUACAGCUCGCCAUUAACAUCAGCCCAUCAGAAAAAAGAAACCAGGUUCUGAGAUUUCAUCAGUAAAAAUAUUCUGGAAGAACAUAAAAAUGGAACAUGUUUUUAAUGCCAUUUCAAAAAUACAGCUUUGUAAUGUUUAAA